GCGCGCGCUCCAAGAUGGCGGCGGCGGCGGCGGGGCCCGAGUCCGGCGGCAGCAGCGGCAGCAGCGGCGGCCUCGGCGGAUCCAACACCUUCAAAAAGUCCCUGACUCCUGAGAUGCCGGGAGGAUCCCAGACCAUCCGGAAAGGCCACAGAGGAGUGGAUUCCACGGGGGAAACCACCUACAAAAAGACGACGUCGUCGGCGCUGAAGGGCGCCAUCCAGCUGGGCAUCACGCACACCGUGGGCAGCCUGAGCACCAAGCCCGAGCGCGACGUGCUCAUGCAGGACUUCUACGUCGUGGAGAGCAUCUUCUUCCCCAGCGAGGGCAGCAACCUGACGCCUGCCCACCACUACAAUGAUUUCCGCUUCAAGACCUACGCGCCCGUGGCCUUCCGCUACUUCCGGGAGCUCUUCGGCAUCCGCCCCGACGACUACCUGUACUCGCUGUGCAGCGAGCCCCUGAUCGAGCUCUCCAACUCGGGCGCCAGCGGCUCGCUGUUCUACGUCAGCAGCGACGACGAGUUCAUCAUCAAAACCGUGCAGCACAAGGAGGCCGAGUUCCUGCAGAAGCUGCUGCCCGGAUACUACAUGAACCUGAACCAGAACCCGCGCACGCUGCUGCCCAAGUUCUACGGGCUGUACUGCGUGCAGGCGGGCGGCAAGAACAUCCGCAUCGUGGUGAUGAACAACCUGCUGCCGCGCUCCGUGCGCAUGCACCUCAAGUACGACCUCAAGGGCUCCACCUACAAGCGCCGCGCCUCGCCCAAGGAGCGCGACAAGGCCUUCCCCACCUUCAAGGACCUGGACUUCAUGCAGGACCUGCCCGACGGGCUCUUCCUGGACGCCGACAUGUACAACGCGCUCUGCAAGACGCUGCAGAGGGACUGCCUGGUGCUGCAGAGUUUCAAGAUCAUGGAUUACAGCCUGCUGGUGGCCAUCCACAGCCUGGACCAGGCGCAGCGCGAGCGCGCGGCCGCCGGAGCGCCCCGGGACGGGGACGGGGACCGGGACCCCCGCGGGCGGCCGGCGGCGCAGAGAGCGCUCUACUCCACGGCCAUGGAGUCCAUCCAGGGCGAGGCGCGGCGGGGAGGCACCAUGGAGACCGAUGAUCAGAUGGGCGGAAUUCCCGCCCGGAAUUCCCGGGGGGAGCGGCUGCUGCUCUACAUCGGCAUCAUCGACGUCCUGCAGUCCUAUAGGUUCGUGAAGAAGCUCGAGCACUCCUGGAAGGCGCUGGUGCACGACGGGGACACGGUGUCCGUGCACCGGCCCAGCUUCUACGCCGAGCGCUUCCAACGCUUCAUGUGCCACACGGUGUUCCACAGGAUCCCACUGAAGCCGUCCCCGUCCAAGAAGAGCCGCGGCGGCGCCGCCGCGCCCAGGAGGAGCUGCCAGGGGGGGACCCCGGCCCCGAACCCCAACCCGAACCCGGCCGGGGGCGACGCCAGGGCCCCCCCGGGCCCCGACAUGGACCCCGAGCAAG